UGUAAAGCACACAGCAGCUUCCACUGCUAUGAAAUAGUAAGCAGAGAGCAGCUGCAGGAAAAGAAUAUACUCUGUGACAAGGCAGGAGACAGUGGAAUAUCAAACGAUACCUGGAGAAGAGUGUGGACAUGGCUCAAGCUCCACAGACAGGGGGAUCAAGACGCUUCAGUGGAGCACAGUGGCAUCUGCAGAAAAUCAUCAAUGACUCUGUAGACAGCUCCGAUGAUGAAUUCUUCGAUGCCAGAGAGGAAGUUGUGGAGGGAAAGAGCGCCAUCCUGAUUGGCAUGUGUCAGUGGAACUCUAAUGAUCUGGUGGAGCAGAUAGAAACCAUUGGAAAGCUGGAGGAAAACUCAGGGGAACUAUACAGAGUACAUGGAAGGAAGCACCGAUGUCCCCGGCAGAGUAGCUUUGAAAUACAUGAGGAUAGUGAGGAUGCAACGCAACCGAACUCCUGCAAGACACAAGUUCUAGCACUUGUACUUCAUGGAGGCAGUAUUCUGGACACAGGAGGAGGGGACCUGAACAGCAAGUUGGCAGAUGUCAACACAUUCAGCUCAGUAUUUGAGAAGGUGACAACAGCCCAUUUUCCUGCUGCUCUGGGACAUAUCUUAAUCCGGCUUGUUCCUUGUCCUGCAAUAUGCUCUGAGGCAUUUUCUCUGGUUUACAACCUUAACCCAUAUAGCUAUGAUGAGAACUGCCUGAACAUUAGUGAAGAUCACAUACCCUUAGCUGCCUUGCCGCUGCUGGCCAUUUCUUCUCCACAGUACCAAGAUGCAGUUGCUAUGGUGAUCAACAGAGCAAAUCAAGUUUACAAUGAAUUCCUGAAGUCUCCAGAUGGGGCCGGCUUUAAUGGGCAGGUGUGUCUGAUCGGAGACUGUGUGGGAGGAAUUUUAGGGUUUGACGCCCUUUGUUACAGCGGAAAGACACCUGGAGAGAGCCAGAACAGUAGCAGAAGAGGAAGCUGCAGCAGCAUCCAGGAUAAUUCCACCCCCCCAGAAGAUAACAGUGCCGGAUUGCGAGGUACUAAGCGUCUUAGCAAAAGCAAUAUUGACAUCUCAGGAGUCUUGGAUAAUGGGGCACCGAAAAUGCCUUUGCUAAGGAAGCAGAGCGAUUCAUCAACUUAUGACUGUGACACAAUUACACAGCACCAUGCUUUUCUGUCUAGCAUCCAUUCAAAUGUUUUGAAAGAUGAUAUGGAUUUUCCAAGAACCGGAAGCUCCAAUCUCUGCGAAGUAAUCAUGGGACGGUUUGACUUUGAAGUAUCAGACUUCUUCUUGUUUGGUUCACCUCUGGGGCUAGUAUUGGCAAUGAGGAGAACAGUUCUGCCUGGUCUGGAUGUGUGCCGAGCCCAUCCUGCUUGCAGUCAAGUCUACAGUUUCUUCCACUCUGCUGACCCAUCAGCUUCAAGGCUGGAGCCACUUUUGGAGAAGUCUUUCCACCUGCUUCCUCCAUUUAAUGUCCCCAGAUACCAGAAGAAUCCUCUGGGUGAUGGCAAGUGCUAUCUUUUAGUGGACGCCAUCCAAGCUUGCAGUGCUGCCUUUGUAGAACACUCUACCCCCAAUAAUACAGCUUCAGCUGAUACAUCUCCACCGGCCAGCCUAUCCACCCCAACACCGAGAAAAGCCAGAAGAUCUAGCCUGGUGAGCAUGAGCAGCGAGAUGUCUGGGUCUUCAGAAAGCUUGCCUUCAGCAAAGAUUGCCAAUAUUACAGCAAACUGGUGGGGAACCAAGCGCAUUGAUUAUGCUUUGUACUGCCCUGAUGUACUCACUGCCUUCCCCACCGUAGCACUGCCGCACCUAUUCCAUGCCAGCUACUGGGAAUCCACUGAUGUGGUGGCCUUUAUUCUGAGACAGUUGAUGAGAUAUGAGAGUGUACAGAUCAAGCAAAAGGAAGGCAUCGACUGCAUGAACAUGAGCCCCUCCAGCCGACAAGAGAAAUGGCUUCGGAAGAGAAAUCAUGUCAAACUGCGUAAUGUCACAGCCAAUCAUAGAGCCAAUGAUGUAAUUGCUGUGGAAGGAGGCCUUCAAGUCUUGGUUGGCCGUUUUAUGUAUGGCCCAUUGGACAUGGUCGCACUAACUGGUGAAAAGGUGGAUGUCCUUGUCAUGACUGAACCAUCAUCAGGCAGGUGGGUGUACUUUGAAACAGAGAUAUCGAACAGUAGUGGUCGGGUGUUUUACAAUAUCCCACAAGAUAAGAGACUUGGUGUGGGGGUUUACCCUAUCAAGAUGGUCGUCAGGGGGGAUCAGAGCAGUGCACAAAGCUACCUUACAGUGCUCCCUCCAGGAAUGGAGUGUGUUGUUUUCAGCAUUGAUGGCUCUUUUGCAGCCAGCGUCUCUAUUAUGGGAAGUGAUCCCAAAGUACGAGCUGGAGCAGUGGAUGUUGUCAGACACUGGCAGGAUUUGGGUUUUCUAAUAAUUUACAUCACGGGUCGACCGGACAUGCAGAAGCAGCGGGUUGUCUCUUGGUUAUCUCAGCACAACUUUCCCCAGGGCAUGAUCUUCUUUUCUGAUGGGCUUGUGCAUGACCCUUUGCGGCAGAAGACAAUUUUCCUCCGCAAUCUAAUGCAAGAGUGUCACAUUAAGAUCAGUGCGGCCUAUGGCUCCAUGAAGGAUAUUUCUGUGUACAGUGUCCUGGGAUUAUCCCCAUCUCAGAUCUAUAUUGUUGGGCGUCCAGCCAAGAAAUAUCAGAACCAAUGUCAGUUCGUAAGUGAAGGCUAUGCUGCUCACUUAGCAUCACUAGAAUUUAGCCACCAUUCCCGCCCUAAGAAGAACAAUUCCAGAAUGAUCUUGAGGAAGGGAAGUUUUGGUCUGCAUACACAGCCUGAAUUUCUAAGAAAAAGAAAUCACCUUCGUAGGACUAUGUCUGUACAGCAACCAGAACCACCGUCCUCCAAUCCCAAACCAGAAAGAGCACAGAGUCAACCAGAGUCAGACAAAGAUCAUGAUCGAUACUUAAACCCCCUUUCAUGGGUAAGAAACGCAAGCCACAAAUUUGAGCCUGCACCAUAA